AACAACUUCAUUGAUGUGCUUAGUGAAUGCUUCUUAUGCUUUCAAGUGACACUCUGUAGCAAUAUUGAUUCUUUUGAUCUUCUGUUUUUCCUUUUUUUUUUUGGGCCCAAGUAUCUUUUGUGUGUUUUUGAUGUGUUUAAUAGAUUUAAGGGCAUUUAAAUUUUCUUAAGUAGGAGUUGAUUUUUGGUUUAUUGCUACUGUAACAAUCAUUUCCGGGUAAUAAGGCUAUACUUCUGCAUCUUUAGACAUUCCCUUUCUUCUCUAUAUAUCUUUGAAUUCUUAUUUGGAACUUUCUGGGCGUUGUUUAAUCAUAUAUCAUUGCACCAUGGUUCUUAGUGCCUAUUGAAUACCUUUGUUGAUUCCUUUGUAUGGGUCUUCUUUUCUGAAUUGAAAAUAGUCCAUGAACUCUUUCAUCUAGGUUUCUAAAUGUUCUUGCUUUAUACUUUACGAAAUCAAAACUACAUUAGCAAUUUUCAAAAUGUUUUGUUAAAAGGUAUACCUUUUGUUUUAAAUGUCUAAUUUUUCCUGUAAGAGGCGCAAAUAUUACUUUAGAUGGUUUAAGGAUACUUCUGAGACUUGAUUCAUUUUAGAUUAAUAUUUGCUCUUAUCUUUCAAAUCCAUUUUUAGUAUGUUGUAUAAUUUUAACCUAUAGACUAUGCUUUAUUCCCUUGCUUUCGUUAUCCCCUCUGGAUAGAAUUAGCAACCGUUUUUGGAUGUUUUUGUCUUGAAUGUUCAUGAAAUGGGAGCAGACGACAUGAUGUCGGAAGGAUGCAAGCCAGAUGAUGUUGUAAAUCCUGAUAGCUUGGAAGAUGGCCUGGAGAAGGAAGCAAAUGUAAACGUGAAGCCAACACAUGUUCCAGUCAAUAGAAAGAGACAUUUGAAUGUUGUAUUCAUUGGUCAUGUUGAUGCUGGAAAGACCACAGCUGGAGGACAAAUACUAUUCCUUAGUGGUCAAGUCGAUCAUCGGACUAUCCAGAAGUAUGAGAAGGAAGCAAAGAAUAAAAGUAGAGAGAGUUGGUAUAUGGCCUAUAUCAUGGAUACAAAUGAAGAAGAAAGAGCGAAGGGAAAAACAGUUGAGGUAGGAAGAGCACAUUUUGAAACAGAGACAACAAGAUUUACAAUCUUGGAUGCCCCGGGUCACAAGAGUUACGUCCCGAAUAUGAUUAGUGAAGCAUCUCAAGCCGACAUAGGUGUAUUGGUUAUAUCCGCUAGAAAGGGUGAAUUCGAAACUGGAUAUGAAAGAGGUGGACAAACACGUGAACAUGUUCAACUUGCAAAGACUAGGACUCUAGGAGUUUCUAAGCUCCUUGUUGUUGUAAAUAAGAUGGGUGAUCCUACUGUCCUCUGGUCUAAAGAAAGGUAUGACGAGAUCCAGUCAAAAAUGAUACCAUUCUUAAAAUCAUCUCAAUACAAUGUAAAGAAAGAUGUUCAGUUCCUGCCAAUCUCUGGUCUCCUUGGUUCAAAUAUGAAAACUCGGGUGGAGGAAGGCGUAUGCCCAUGGUGGGAUGGUCCAUGCCUUUUUGAAGCUCUUGAUGCGGUAGAAGUUCCUCCCCGAGAUCCUGAAGGUCCACUAAGGUACUUCGGUUUUGCUGAUCUGGUGGCAUUCUCAUGCCACUUUGCUUGACAUUUCUCUUAGAUUGAUGAUGUAAAGAGAUUUGUGACCUCCCUGCUGUUGCUAGCAAUGCUUGAACAACUGGAAAGGAGGGAAGGUCAGUUGAACUAAGAUGACAGCAGACGCAAUAUUUGGUCCUUUGCAGCAUUAACCUGGAGCUAAGUUGACGUGAUCUGAUAUAUGCACAAACAUUCACCAGUUUAGUGUCUGCAGUGUGUGCUAUUGGUUCUGGUAUCCGUUAAAGUUUUAUAGUACCAUCCGAUGAUGGUGGUUGUUUUUUAGUACGCUGUGCUGUAUGAAUCUAUCUUAAUUUUGGUAGCCAAUAGAUCCAUUUUACAUGCACCAGAAAUGCCGAUAAUUGGGCCUUUGCUUAUA